UCCCCGGACCCUGCAUUCACUAUAUCUGGUCUCCUAGGACCCUGCAUUCACUAUAUCUGGUCUCCUAGGACCCUACAUUCACUAUAUCUGGUCUCCCCGGACCGUGCAUUCACUAUAUCUGGUCUCCUAUGACCCUACAUUCACUAUAUCUGGUCUCCCCGGACCCUACAUUCACUAUAUCUGGUCUCCCCGGACCCUGCAUUCACUAUAUCUGGUCUCCCCGGACCCUACAUUCACUAUAUCUGGUCUCCCCGGACCCUGCAUUCACUAUAUCUGGUCUCCUAUGACCCUACAUUCACUAUAUCUGGUCUCCCCGGACCCUGCAUUCACUCUAUCUGGUCUCCCAGGACCCUGCAUUCACUAUAUCUGGUCUCCCCGGACCCUACAUUCACUAUAUCUGGUCUCCCCGGACCCUACAUUCACUAUAUCUGGUCUCCCCGGACCCUGCAUUCACUAUAUCUGGUCUCCCAGGACCCUGCAUUCACUAUAUCUGGUCUUCCCAGACCGGACCCUGCAUUCACUAUAUCUUGUCUCCUAGGACCCUGCAUUCACUAUAUCUGGUCUCCC